AUGGCCAUAAAACCAGCCGAGGAGGCUUUAGACGAGCUAAAAUACCAGACAUGGGUCUUGAAAGUCUCAAUCCACUGUGAGGGCUGCAAGAAGAAAGUCAAGAAAGUUCUUCAAAGCAUUGAUGGUGUUUAUAAGACAGAAGUUGAUUCUUAUCAGCAUAAGGUCACUGUAACUGGCAACGUGGACGCUCAGACUCUGAUCAAGAAGCUGAUGAGAUCAGGGAAAUACGCUGAGCUUUGGCCUCAAAACUCUGAGAAUAAGGAGAAAAACUCCGGAAAAUCCAAGAAGAAUGGCAAGCAGAAGAGCCCUAAAGAUGUCCAAGAAGUUGGUGGUGAUGACCAUCAUCAGAAAAGUACUCAAGCAGAAAAGCCUGAAACGGAUGCUAAAAGUAGUGUUGGAAUCGGUGGUGAUGAUCAAGACUCAGAUGCUGAAAGCGAUGAUGCUGGCGUAGAAAGUGCUGCUCUUGUUGCUGCGGCUGCUGGGGGUGGUGGCAGUGGCAAAAAGAAGAAAAAGAAGAAGAAAAAGCCAAACGGCAAUUCUAGCAACGGCGCCAAUGGUGAUAAUUCUGGUGGUGUACCGGCCGAUAGUAUGGGGCCUUCCAUGGCUGCUCUUGACUCAGCUCCAUCUAUGCCGCCCUUGAUGAGUCACAGCCCUCCACAACAGCAUGUAUACACGUAUCCACCAAUGUAUUAUCCACCUCCUCCAGUUUAUGGAAUAAAUUACAACACAGCAUAUCGUAGUGGCAGUGAGUCCUAUUAUGCACAUCCCAUGCACGCUCAUCAUAUUCACUAUCACCAGGAGAGGUACCAGCCACCAGCUCCACCCUUCGAUCCAAUCAAUGAGUUUGGUGAUGAUGAUAAUGAGACCGGGUGCUCAGUUAUGUGA